AUGAUCUCCUCCAAGGUGGCACCAGGAGAGGAGGAGCAGCAGGAGUCACCAUCCCAGGUGGCCCCAUCCCAGGUGGAGAAGCAGCGGGAGGCACCGUCGGAAGGCCAGCAGGAAGCUGUGCCACCUAAUGAGGCCGGCCCUAGCUGGACCACCGGGCCACCAUUGGAGCGCCUGCCCCCGCUGGGUCAGGAGGCACCUCCGCCACGCCGCUGCCACACCGACUGCCUGGAGGCACCGCUGUCCCGCUGCUUCCAGCGCUUCGGCGCCACUGUGGGCGCGAACCCCUGGCUGUUUUUGCUCGGUCCUGCUCUGCUGACGGCCUCGCUGGGCACGGGCCUCAUCUUCCUACCCAAGGAAAAGGAGAACCUGGAGGAGCAGUACACACCCAUUGGCAGCCCGGCCAAGGCGGAGCGGCGUUUUGUGCAGGGUCACUUCAGUACCAAUGACACUUACCGCUUCUCGGCCUCCAGGACCAGCUCAGAGACCAACUUCGCAUCCAUCCUGGUGGUGUCCCUCACCGACUCGCUGCUGGAGCCGGAAGCAUUCAGAGAGGUGAGCAAGCUGGACCAAGCGGUGCAGGCGCUGAAAGUUGUCCAGGAAAAUGGAACGCAGAUCCUAUACCAAGAGGUGUGCGCCAAGUACAAGACGCUGUGCGUGCCGUCCAACCCUCUGCUGUAUUACUGGCAGCAUAACCCGUCGUUGAACCUGUCGGACCUCACCUUCCCCAUCCACAACAUGUCCACCCAGCUCAUCUACUUAGCAGGCUUCUUUGGGGGAAAUGUUUUGGGCCAAACGACGGGAAGAAGUCAACGACUAGUGGAGUCCCGAGCAAUGAGACUGUUGUACUACCUCAAGACGGAGGACCCCGAGGACAGCGAACGUAGCCAGGCGUGGCUGACUCACUUUCUUGACCAUUUUAAUGACAUGAAGAGCAGUCUGGCUCUGGAAGAGAUAGAGGUGGUGUACUUCUCAUCUCUUUCCAGACAGCUGGAGUUCGAGGCGACCUCCAAGACGGUGAUCCCUCUGUUUCACUUGGCAUACGUUUUAAUCAUACUAUUUGCAGUUGUAUCAUGCUCCAGGUUGGACUGUAUAAGAAACAAAAUGUGUGUUGCAGUCUUUGGCGUGUUUUCAGUUGCCAUGUCAGUGGUGAGUGGCUUCGGCCUGAUGCUGCACAUUGGGGUCCCAUUUGUGAUCAUAGUUGCAAAUUCACCAUUUCUUAUUCUUGGUGUUGGUGUUGAUGACAUGUUUAUCAUGAUUUCUGCCUGGCAGAAGACCAGCCUCUCGGAGAGCACAAGAGAACGACUCUCCAAUUCAUAUUCCAAGGUGGCAGUGUCCAUUACAAUCACCACUAUCACCAAUGUCCUUGCUUUCUAUACAGGAAUCACUAGCUCUUUCAGAUCUGUACAGUACUUUUGCAUCUAUACAGGAACAACUCUGCUCUUUUGCUAUUUUUAUAGUAUCACCUGUUUUGGAGCAAUUAUGGCUCUGGAUGGUAAAAGAGAAGUUGCAUGGUCCCGCUGGGUGCAAAAGCCAGACCAAAAAUAUUCCUUAUUUAAAAAGUCCUGCUGUGUCCCAUUCGGUUCAAUGCCAGACGAACAUGGGGAAGAUAACCAUCCAAUGAAUUUGUUCUUUAGAGACUAUUUUGGUCCUUUUCUCACAACUUCCAAAGCCAAGUUUAUUGUGGUGCUGAUAUACAUUUUCUAUAUCAUAAGCAGUAUAUAUGGGUGUUUCCAAGUGCAAGAAGGGUUAGAUCUUCGGAACCUGGCAAGUGAUGAUUCCUAUAUCACACCCUACUUCAAUGUAGAGGAAGAUUACUUUUCAGAUUAUGGUCCAAGGGUCAUGGUCAUUGUUACUGAAAGUGUUAACUACUGGGAUAAUGAUGUGAGGCAGAAACUGGACAAGUGCAUGACACAAUUUGAACAAAAUGAGUAUAUAGAUAAAAAUCUCACAGAGUUUUGGUUGGAGGCAUAUAUGCAAUAUAUGAAUAACAGUGGAAAUAAUCCUAAUGACAGGAAUGCCUUUAUAAAUAAUAUUGCAGGCUUUUUAAAAAUUUUCCCCAUUUUUACAUAUGAUAUUAAUAUCUCCUCAUCAAAUGAAAUCACUUCUUCCCGAGGCUUUAUCCAGACUGUAGAUGUUUCAUCCUCAAGCAAUAAAAAGAGAAUGUUACUAAAGUUACGAAGCAUAGCUGAAAACUGUGAAGUUCCCUUAAUGGUAUAUAACCAAGCAUUCAUAUAUUUUGAUCAGUAUGCUGCAAUAAUAGAAAACACUGUUCGAAAUGUCAUGAUUGCAUCAACAGCUAUGUUCAUUGUCUCCUUAUUGUUAAUUCCUCACCCAGUGUGUUCCCUGUGGGUCACAUUUGCUAUUGCUUCUGUGAUUGUGGGAGUGACAGGUUUUAUGGCAUUCUGGAAUGUUAAUCUUGAUUCCAUAUCCAUGAUUAAUCUUGUUAUUUGCAUAGGGUUUUCUUUUGAUUUUUCUGCACACAUCUCCUAUGCAUUUGUUUCUAGUACUGAGCCUUCAGUCAACAAAAAGUCUAUUGAGGCAUUAUAUAUGUUAGGUUAUCCAGUGCUGCAAAGUGCAAUUUCAACAAUAAUAGGGGUGUGUGUUUUAUCUGCAGCUAAAGCUUACAUUUUCAGGACAUUUUUUAAGAUUAUGUUUCUCGUUAUGUUUUUUGGGGCUGCCCAUGGCCUAAUUUUUAUUCCAGUAUUCUUAACCUUCUUUUGA